CCGGUGCACUUCUCAGCAGGCGGCGACUUCAACGGUACCGCUGAAGUUAAGAGAGUGACAAUGUGUAGAAAAGCGGUGUGAGCCGGUAACGUUUGUGCUGUUUGCGCUGCUCCGAAGAAACUAAGUGACAUAAGUUUUAUCUAGAAGGAUUGGUUUAUAUCGGAUAGCGGAUUUAAAUGCCCUACAAUCAUCAUGACAAGUAAACAAGAGGCUAAAUCAGGAUUUUAAAAACACCUAGAAGGUAACUCGGCUCAGAACAUCGAGGAAGUUAACGUUUUAACGGUAGCUAACUGACGUCGCCAGUUCGUUACAUUUUUAGGUUGUUUAGUAAAAGACACCGUCUAUACUGUAACUUUACCGGGUUGGCUUAAACACCACUGAAAACCUAAAAGCUUCGAAUUCAGAUCAGUUUCCGAGCUAUUUCACUUUACAAAGGACUGACUUUCGCCUGGUUCGGAUUAAGAGGAUUUCCACUUUAACCGAAGUAAACAGUGGGCAUUACCAUACCGGUACCAAGAGCAGAACAGGGACAUGCGGAACAAGAACAAAGGCAGGCUACAUUGAUUGACAUACCUCCCCCCUUUUUUUGACAGGAGCUGAAUGGCCUCUGUUGUAGCAGUGAAAACUGAGAAGCGGCCUGCAGUGGAUUCUCAGGAUGCAGACUCCAAUGCUAAAAAGCCCAGGAUUUGGGAAGCACCAUCUUGGGAACCAUCGUCACUCAAUCUCUGCCUACCCCAAAGGAAACUGCUGCCCAGUCUGAAGACUAAGCGAGCCCCAGAGCUUGUCCUGGUGAUUGGUACGGGGGUAAGCUCUGCAGUGGCCCCUCAGGUCCCUGCUCUCCGUUCCUGGAAGGGCCUCAUCCAGGCCUUGCUCGAUGCAGCCAAUGACUUUGACCUGCUGGAGGAAGAGGAAAAUCGUCGGUUCCAGAAGCACAUGCAGGAAGACAAGAAUUUGGUGCAUGUGGCCCAUGACCUCAUUCAGAAACUUUCCCCGAGAACAGGUAAUGUAAGAUCCACGUUCUUCAAGGACUGCCUGUACGAAGUGUUUGAUGAUUUGGAGUGUAAGAUGGAGCACGCAGGGAAACACUUACUGCGGUCAGUGCUGCAGUUAAUGGAGAGCGGCGCACUGGUUCUCACUACCAACUUCGACAACCUGCUGGAAAUUUAUGCAGCCCAUCAGGGCACCAAACUGGAGUCUUUGGACCUGACAGAUGAGAAGAAGGUGCUGGAGUGGGCUCAGGAGAAACGGAGGUUAAGUGUUCUGCAUAUCCACGGUGUUUACACCAACCCCAGUGGUAUCGUACUGCACCCUGCUGGCUAUCAGAAUGUAUUGAGGAACACUGAGGUUAUGCGUGAGAUUCAGAAGUUGUACGAGACCAAAUCCUUUGUCUUUCUGGGCUGCGGACGCACAGUAGACGACACAACCUUCCAGGCUCUGUUCUUGGAGGCGGUUAAACACAAGUCGGACCUCGAGCACUUCAUGCUCGUGCGGCGAGAGGAUGUGGGAGAGUUCAAGAAGCUGCGCGACAACAUGCUUGACAAGGGCAUCAAGGUCAUCUCCUAUGGAGACGAGUACGCUGACCUGCCCGAGUACUUUGAGAGGCUGGCCAAUGAGAUCUGCAACCGUGACGUGUCCACCAAUGGCUGGGGAUCCCCAUCACAGAACGGAGAGGAACAGCAGAUCGGUAUUAACACACAGAAAAGCCUCCUUCAAGGUUAAGACUGAACUCGUCUCUUUGGUUCAGAGCUGCGGCCUCUCGCUAAAGACAUUUUCAGACUAAACGCCCUGUUCAGAACUGUUUUCUGACUGUAUGCUGGUAGAAAAUCCAAGUCUGUCUUGAUUUUUAGUUACAAAAAAAAAAAACUACUGGUAUUUUUUUCCACAAACUGGUGUGGCAGUAUUAACAUCGUCAGUGGCAUCAUUUCAGUAGAUGUUCUUUGACUUUUUUUUAAGCUUUUGUCUGAGCUUUUCAGACAAUUCCUUCCACUUCUCUUCAACCCCAUACUCUUGACAGAUGCAUUUUCCUCCACAGCUUUACUCACAGAUCAAGUCUGAUUUUGUUGAAUACAUUUAGGACUCUAUGGGGAACCUUAAUUACAUCAGUAUUUUUCAGAUUCCCUUCUCAUUCCAUUUUUAACUAAAAGGGAAAAAGUUUAAGCCGUCAAAGUCUGCCUGGCAUCCCCUACUAUACUGGAUUCAAACGUUGCUGGAACAUCCACUUUGUGGGAAGCAUCCGGGUAACUGAAUGGGAUGUUCCCUUUUCAGUUUGAGAGAAACACUACAUGUGAAUCCACAGUAGUUAAACAUGCUGUUAUGCUGAAUUUUCAACAUGCAGUAAAUACGCAUUGAGCUUAACGCACAACCCCUGCUCUUGAUUUUAAGUCUUGUGUGAAUGGAUUGAAUCAGUCAUGCUCAUCCCACAACCUGGAAAACUUGAUUUGCACACUGCUUGGUGGGGAAAGGGACGAGUUACUGUAACGACUGUCGUAAAAACGUACAUUCAGAUGUUUUCAUAUCAGAGCGGUUCCCGGCAGUAGCAACCUCUUUGCCACUUCUGUGCUGAAAAUAAAGAAAAAAAUAGUUCUUUAAAAGCCCCUUUUUGUACUUUUAAUACUUGCAUGUGUUUUCUGAUGUAGUAUUUAUAAUAAUAAGCACCAUUUUCAAAAUAAAGCUUUUGGUAUUCCA